AUGUCUUCUUCAUCCUGCGUUUCAGGAAAUUCUCACAGACGCCGUUUGAAAGCGGAAAGAGGAACGCCGAAACAGUGUUGGUGUGGUGAACCCUAUUACAUUUCUACAUCUGGAACCGCUACAAAUCCAGGAAGAUUGUACUAUUGCUGCGGAAAAGGAUAUAAUAAGAGACAUUUAUUCAAAUGGGCGGAUGAGUGUUUGGUUGAAGAGGUUGAGGAUAUUAAUUCACUGAUAAGUGGCAUGAACAAAGACAUCUCGGAAUUCAGACUUAGCGUUGCUCGGUUGGAGAAAGAGAUUGAAGUAAUGAAGACGGCAUCUGAGGGAAAAGGAUAA